AUGUACGUCGCGCGCAAGACCGCCAAGCGCUUCUCCCUGCUGCUCCUGGAUGACGGCGAGGACUACAUACAGGAGUACGUGUGCGCGUGCCGGUGGCCAGGCGAGGUGGAGGGCAACUGGAAGGGGGCGGAUGAGCUGCCCGGCACGCUGCGCCUGUGCUCUAAGUCCCUGUUCUUCGACGCGGACGACGUCCGGGUGCCCGUGAUCCGGAUCUCGUUCCUGGACGUCCAAUCCCUGCUGCCGGACGGCGCCAAGGCCUUCGCUCUGUCGACAUGCCGGCUGACCAAGAUGAAGCAGAACGGCGCGGACCACCCCUACCUGGUGGAGAAGGGCCGGCUCACCGCGUGGCGGUUCAGCCUGCCCUACGCGAACUUCGACCGGUUCAUGGGCCUGGCGAUGGAGCAACUGGCGCUCAAGGGGCAGCAGGGCCACCUGGAGGAGAAGGCGCGGGAGCGCGAGGACGCGGCGUCCUUCGACACAUCCCGCCUAGUGGAUUUCAGCGAGAGGAUUUUGUACGAGGGCCCGGCCACGCAGCUGACGCCGCUGGUGCGCGAGCCCGGGAAGAUGGUGAUCACGGGCUGCAGGCUGUAUUUCCAGCCCCUGCACACCAUGUCGGGUAACAACCUGAUCCGCACGCACCCACUGUCGGACGUGGCGGCCGUGGCGCGCCGCCGCAGCUCCCUGCGGCACAUCGGCAUGGAGGUGUUCUUCGUGGCGGGCGUGUCGCUGGACGGGAGCGCCAAGCCGCAUGACGCGUUGGGACCAAUGUGGGACUCGCCCAGCGCGUUCUUCGCCUUCCGGACGCGGGAGGAGCGGGAGAAGGUGAUCGGCCUGCUGCUAGACAGGGUGGGAUCGGGGGCCACUCGGGGCGCCAUCCUGGAGGCCAGGGGCAGGUGGCUGAAGAAGGUGAUGGCGGCGUGGCAGCGUGGGAAGAUCUCGACGUUCGAUUACCUGCUGUAUUUGAAUCUGGCGGCCGGGCGGUCGUUCAACGAUUUGACCCAGUGGCCCGUGUUCCCCUGGGUGCUGGCGGACUACACCAGCGAGGUGCUGGACCUGAGCAGCCCAGCCACCUUCAGGGACCUCACCAAGCCCGUGGGCGCCCUAAACGCAAGCAGGCUGCAGAUGUUCAGGGACAGGCACAGGGAGAUGCCCGACGAAAGCGAGGGGUACCCGCCCAAGUUCCUGUACGGUACCCACUACUCCACGCCUGGAUACGUCAUGUUCUGGCUGGUGAGGGCAGCCCCGGCCCACAUGCUGCAGCUACAGAACGGCAGAUUCGACUCGCCCGACCGGCUGUUCUACAGCAUGAGGGAGUGCUGGGAGAGCGUGCUGAACAACCCGGCGGAUGUCAAGGAACUGAUCCCCGAAUUCUUCCUGCCAAACGAUGACUUCUUGCUCAACAGGGCCCAGCUGGCUCUGGGGAAACGGCAGAAUGGGAGGUCGGUGUGUGACGUGGAGAUGCCCCCCUGGGCGGACAGCCCGCCGGAUUUUCUGGCGAAGCACCGAGCAGCGUUGGAAUCGCCGUACGUGUCCGCGCACCUGCACAAAUGGAUAGAUCUGAUCUUUGGCUGCAAGCAGAAGGGCCAGGCGGCGGUGGAGGCAGACAACUUGUUCUUUUACCUGAGCUAUGAGGGUGCGGUAGACAUAGAGAAGGUGAUCGACCCAGUGGAGCGCCGGGCCCUGGAGGCCCAGAUCAACGAGUUUGGCCAAACGCCGAUGCAGCUCUUCAGCCAGCCGCACCCACCCCGCCUCAUUUGCCCCCCAGCACCAGACCCGGACGAUGUGUUUGUGGCUGGCACGCCCCUGGUGCGAUCCUCCUCCAACAGCAUGCCUGACCUGGGGUUCUCCCCUGCAGCUGCGGCAGACACUGAUGGCCAGGCGCUCACCCUUGCCCUCCUCUCUGCUGUGGUGCAUGCCACAGAGUCCGAAAUGGACUUGGACGCCGGGCCAGAUUCCCCUGCAGCCGAUCAUUGGAAACCUGGCGAGGCAAGCACUGCCCGCGAUGUUCCUGCAGGCAGAAAUUCGAGUUAUGAGCGGCCAGUGGGUGCGCCGACACCUACUGACAGCCAGCCAUCCACCUCUGGUCCCUAUGCAGAGGUGCUGGGACAGUGGGCCUUCAUCGGAAAGGACCACAUGUUCAAGAAGGCGGCAUCUGCGAGGCAAACCAGAGUUGUUGACCCAUCUUCUGGGAUUCGUAAUCUGAGGAAGGGUGUGACCAGCGUGACAGACAAGGUGCGUGGCAUGGACCUGGGUUCGAAGUUCACCAGCUUUGUGGGGCAGCUGAAGGGCCAGGCAGCCUGGGGGCCCAGGCCAUCAGGUGGCAGUGCGAGCACGCCAUCUGACAACGGCCAAGAGGGAGGGGUGCUGCAGCCAUCAGGUUGGUGGGCGGACUGCUUGCCGCAUCGAAUGGCUCAGCGCCACACUCUGAGGUUCCAGCAGGAGGCGGUGAACGCUGUGGCCACAUCCAGCAGCGGUGGUGGCACGCUGUACUGUGCUGGGCAUGGUGCGACCCUGCGCCUCUUCUCCUUGGAGACCGGCGCCCAGGUGCGGUCGGCCCGGCUGGAACUGAACCCCGGCUCUGGCAUCCCCCUUUCCUCGAUCGCGCUGCUUCCCCAAGGCUCUCAGAAACACCCCCUGGUGCUGACGGGCUCGUACGACAACACUGUGUAUGCCUACUCUGCGGACUACGGCCGCUUGGUGGGCCACUUCGGCGCGCACGACGAUGUGGUGUCUGUAGUUCAUGUGACGUGCCCCAACGCCGGGGCUGCGCAGCAGCUCAUCACUGCCUCCUGGGAUGGCUCCGUGAAGGUAUGGCGCUUGGACGAGGCACGGUCACCCUGGGAUGGGCCCCCGACCCGGCCUCUGAUUCCAGUGGCCGAGCUAUCAGACCACGAAUCUGCCGUGUGGGCAAUGGAUGGCACUGCCGAUGGGAACGUGUUGGUGACAGGGACGAACGAAGGCGUGGUCACAUCGUGGGACGUGCGCACGCCAGACCACGUGAUCUGGCGAUCGAAGUUGGGGAUGGAGUAUGUGGGAGGAGUGUGCAUCACCCCUGACUCCAACCAUGUGGUGGCUGUUUCCGAGGACGGGCAGAUGCGGGUCCUUGCGACCAGGAAAGAUGGUGGCACCAUUGCCUCGGCGAGCAUGGGCAGUCCGCUCAGGUGCGUGCAGACAGACGGGCACCUGGCCGUGGCGGGAGGAGAGGAUGGGAAGAUUCACGUUUGGGAUGUGGCGCAGCGGCUGGGGGUGGCCACUGGGAGGGCUCAACUGAAGGCGGACGCGGAUGGGUUGCUGGAGCCGCUGCAGUGCUCCAGCAGCUGUGCUGUCAAGGCUCUGUCGGUGGGCUGCGUGGGGACCACACUGUGGCUGUCCGCUGGCCACGAUGAGGGAGCAGUGUCAGCGUUCGCGGCGGACGGGGCACCAUGCACAUGA